AAUGGUGGUCAUCAAAAUUCUUAUCUGUUUUUAGAUAUGGAUUUUGUACAUAUCUUCCUCUAGAGUACCCCGUUUAAGUUUAAGAUUAAAAUUGAAAAUCGCACGCGAAAAUACGCGAUUUCACUUGGUUUCGUAUAUACAGUGCCUGUAACAAUUAGGUGAUAAUGUCAUCGGAUGACGAAAAGCCACCAGCACCCCCUGUUCGAUUGACCUCGAACAGGGGCACAGACCUGGUCAACAGUUCGAUAGCGGUGGACAGGCCGCUGCCGAAGGAGCCCGAGGACAUAGACAAGAAAAAAAAGACGCCGAAAUCAAAGAAAACCGCUAAGUCCGUCUAUGCCUCUGAAAAGCCCAAUAUAUCUUACCCGACUGAUUUUCAGCACACUGUUCACGUCGGUUUUGAUCCCGUCACUGGCGAAUUUACGGGUAUGCCGGAAGCGUGGUCUAGACUGUUGCAAAGCUCUAACAUUACGAAGCAAGAGCAGAAGAACAACCCGCAGGCGGUCAUCGAUGCCAUAACGACGUUCUACGAUCAGCAGCCGAAGGAACAGUCGAACACCAAGUACAUGACCAAGGCCACCACCACCACGCAUUCGGGUUCGUCGUUGAGCCGCGUGUCGAGUUCGAGUCCGAGCAGCACGACGCCGACGGACGGCGAGAGCGGCAUCCACAUCUACCACAGUCCCGCCCACGCACCCAGCUCCGAAAUCGAGGAAGACGUUCCGCCCCCGCCCAUCGCCAGUCGUCCCGAGCGCACCAAAAGCAUUUACACGAAACCGGUGGACGACGCGAAUCCGACGCCACCGCACGGCCUCAGUCCGGCGCACGGCGCCUCGCAAACGGCGCACCUUCACGCGCUGGGCGCCAACUCGAAUGGAGGCGCGGCUCCGCAGCAGGCGCCGGGUGCGCCCGCCCUCGACCGCAACAAGAAUCAACAGGGCUCGGAGAUGUCGCGCGCCGCCUCCGAGAAACGCAAGAAGAAAAUGUCCGACGAGGAGAUACUGGAGAAGUUGCGCAGCAUCGUGUCCGUGGGCGAUCCCACCAGGAAAUAUGUCAAGCUGGAGAAGAUCGGACAAGGGGCGUCGGGAACCGUGUACACGGCGAUCGACAAUUCGACGGGCAUGCAGGUGGCCAUCAAACAGAUGAACUUGUCGCAGCAGCCGAAAAAAGAACUGAUCAUCAACGAGAUUCUAGUCAUGAGAGAAAACAAGCACAGCAACGUGGUCAACUAUUUGGACAGCUAUCUGGUGAACGAGGAACUCUGGGUUGUGAUGGAAUACUUGCCGGGCGGUUCCCUGACCGACGUGGUGACCGAGACAUGUAUGGACGAGGGUCAGAUCGCGGCCGUCUGUCGCGAGGUGCUCCAGGCUUUGGACUUCCUCCACUCCAACCAAGUGAUACACAGGGACAUCAAGUCUGACAAUAUUCUGCUGGGCCUGGAGGGCUCGGUCAAGUUAACCGACUUCGGGUUUUGCGCUCAAAUUAGUCCGGAACAGUCGAAGCGGACGACGAUGGUGGGCACUCCGUACUGGAUGGCGCCGGAAGUGGUCACCAGAAAGCAAUACGGCCCUAAGGUAGACGUGUGGUCGUUGGGCAUAAUGGCCAUCGAGAUGAUCGAGGGCGAACCGCCCUAUCUGAACGAGAACCCCCUGCGCGCCCUCUACCUGAUCGCCACGAACGGCAAGCCGGAGAUCAAGGAGCGGGAGAAACUGUCCGAGGGCUUCCUCGACUUCCUCGACGCCUGUUUGGCCGUCGACGUCGACAAACGCGCUUCGGCACGCGAACUUCUCAAGCACCCGUUUUUGAAGCUGGCACGGCCGCUGACGAGUCUGACGCCUCUGAUCUUGGCGGCAAAGGACGCCGCAAAAGGUCACUGAUAGCCGAGUGCGCCUUCCGGGGCCGCCUUCUUACUACUGUAUUAUAUACUUGUGACAGACUAUAUCCCGUGCAGCCCGCGAGACUGUCCGAAUUCGUUAAUUCGUUUCCACGGCUGCGCGGGUGCUAUUUUCUUAGGGACGUAAGCAUUUAAAAAUAGAGCCAUGUUUGUAUAAAUGACAGGAGACUGUGCCUAAUUUCACAAUAAUGCACACGCGGGUCCGGAGGAGGCGACGACGCCGUCGACAAAACGUUCGAAAUUUAGACGUUCUGUGAUACUGUAUAAAGUUGUAGUGCUGCAAAAUUUGUAUUCGUUCAUCAUCCGCGUUACGUAAUCCUAGUACCGUUGCCAUUGACGCGUCGCCACGCUCCGCUUUUCGGGCCCGACAAACUACAAACUGCUGAUCGCAGUUCCAUUGUUAUUUUCAUUGUUAUCGAAUUUGUUGUUGUACUCUGGACAUUUAUUUUUCAUACGUUAAAAGCAUAUUGAAUGUAUGCUGGUUCGAAUUAAAACCGUGUCUAGAGAUUAGUCUAGGCUCCAACAAAAUAUUGGUUUCCCGCUUUAAAAAUUGUCUUGAGCUGGGCAGGCAGUUCCAUCCUUUCACAUGUUUUAUCGCUAAUGAGUUCUUAUUAGACUUGUAGUAUUUAUUAUCACUAUUUUUAUACGUAUUCAUUACAUUUUGUUUAUUGCUUUCAUUGUCAAUCUAUUAUAUUUUAUAUAAACGCCAUUUAUUUAUUGUAUUUCAUUCUAAUAUAUAUUUUUUACGAGAUAAUGGAUUUAAAACAAAUACAUAAAUAUAUAAACGCCUGAAAAAGGGGUCUACAGUGUAAAUGAAGAUGGAUGAAUGAGUCAGAAAACUAGUUAUAGUAUUUUUGCACUAGUAUUUAUGAACAAAACAUAUGUGAUUGCGUAGACAUAUUGUUGCCAAUGAAAGAUAGUGUGUGGUAUGAAAUAAAAUCAUUUUAUAAGCA